AUGCACUUAAUAUUCUGGUUGAUCGGAGUGGUCACAGCUCUGGUCCAGUUUGAUUUAUUGAGUCAUGGCUUGUCCAGCCCAUUUGAGUACUACCUUGUGGAGUCAAUUGCUGCCAAUUGUGACAAAAAUUAUUUGCAAACCAUCCAGUGUUAUGUGACGUCUAGCACACCUGAAACAUUUUACGAGAGUGUAAAGCGUACGUUGAAGUUGCCACUGUUUGAUCAGUCAAUUAUUGAUUGGGAAUUGAAUUAUAAAUUCCGACAUCCUCGGAUUUUGGCCCAUUAUGAUAAUGAUACAUCGCGGAAACCUGGAUAUUUGAACAGUAAUGGGGAAAUUGUGAGAGACUUUUGCUUUACCAAGAGCUCUCUUCUGAAACCGUUUGAUCGCGUUUUAGGCGACUCAAGGAAGCCACUUGUCAUUUACUAUGGUUCUCACACGCUUACGAGUAAGAGAGAGUUGGCGCGUCUACUCGAGAAAUUGACAAGAGAUGAAAUAAGGCUAGUGUGGCGAUAUGUGCCAGUACUUAAACAACGAGAGCGACUUAGUGGAUUUGGUAUCACAAUGAAGGCCAAGAACACAGAAUAUUUGGCGAUUGAUCCUAACAACAUCGUGUCAACUAAGCGCAAAUUUCGCGUUCCACCUUUGAAGAUGUCUAUGAUUGAACAGAUCGAUGCACUCGAUGAAUGGUUCCCAGUUUACGAUGAGAAUUUAGGUUACAAAAUUGCCAGUUACGUACUCGAUUCCACAAAGCCAUUGGAAACUCUCCAACACAUUACCAGGAGACUACCUCAUUACGCCCCAUUCUUAUCAAAACUAAAAACAAAGCAAGAAGUAAUUGAGGCUGCAUCAAAAAAUUCUCAGCUAGGACUCGGUGCUGAUUCCUAUGGGAUAUACGUGAAUGGCGCUCCAAUCCAUGGGUUGGAGGUUGACAUUGUCAAAUUAAUGGAAACGGUGACUCGAGAAUAUGCCAUCAUUGGUGAUUUGACUCGUCUAGGGUUCAAUACCACUCAAGCAAAGUUCUUAAUUAGCAAAUAUGCCCUCAUGAGUGCAGUCAAGGAAUCACACUUUGCUACUGGCAAUCUGAUACUCGGAAAUAAUGAGAAUCGCUUCCAGGUGUGGAGGCACAAGUAUCUGAAAUAUUUGAAGCGAGGAGUGGUCUACUUCAAUGAUAUUGAAAAUGAUGAGAUGUAUGCAGAAUUCACCAUCGAUCAAGAUAUAUAUUUGCAGCCAGGAGAGCAUAUUCCCCUUCUUAAAGAGAACAUCCAUGAUGUUGUUGUGUUCAUCAAUAUGGGAGAUAAAUCACAGUUGAGAGCAUUUUUUGUGAUUGCAAAACUGAUUUUGGAUAAUGGUAUUCCCCAGCAAGUUGGAUUGGUUGCUCUUCCGGGAGAUGAUAGGGAUGAGGUCGUUGCCUCGAAAUUUUACCAUAUUGUAAGUCAAGGCACUGCCAAACAGGAAGCGUUGGCGUUUUUGUACAAGUACAUGGAAGCCACUACGGAUGAGGAAUCGAAACAAGUGUUAGAUUUGAUUCCAGAUGAUCCCGAUUUCGAUCCGGAAGUGUACGUCCACACAGCACGAGCGUUUUCGGUUAAUGAACCUCUGCUAGCAGUCAAUGGAGUUUUCAUGAGCUUGAGUUCUAACUGGAAGGCUGGUAUGGGAAAGCAAGUGAGCCAGGACGUACAUAUCAUAAGAGAUCGUUUACGACUGGGAAUAGCUGUGGAGCAACCUUUACGAACAGUACUUUAUGAUCGAGCGAAAAAAGAACGUAAUUCUAGAGUUAUUCCUGAAGAUCCUUCUAAAGUGAUAUACAAGCAUGUCGACAAGGAGUUGGUCGAUAAUCUGAUCUUAAUUUCUCGAAAGAGGGGUGGACAGAAUCAAGCGGGAUCGUUCUGGUUGGUUGGAGAUUUUCAUCACCCUUCGUUGAUAUCCCAAUUGAUUGAAAUUAUCAAGCUUGUUGAAUCUGAUGGAGUGAUUGUACACAUCAUCGAUACCGGUGGUUGCUUCGAAAACGAAUUCAAGUCGCAAUUUAAUUUGGCUUCAUUGACAAAGGGAGAAAUCGAGAGACUUCAAGCACAUUUGGUGGAAUGGAAACCGAAAGGUGCGGGACUCAGAUACUAUGGCAAAAUUUUAGAACGAAAGCAGUUACCAAUGCAUCAUGAUUUCAUGUUGUACAACGCAAGGUACUUUCGAUUGAGCAGUCCGGCUCUUACACAUGGUGAAUUAAGAUAUUUGAUAGAUUACGAAAAUGGGCAACGCUUGAGUAUCCUUCCUGAAAUAUUCAACGCCUAUCCACCCUUCUUUGAAAGUUUAAACAAAACUGCUAUCGCCCUCAAUUCUGGUUUAUCUGAAGCUGAAUGGUUUGAUCUCGUCACACUGACGUUGGCGACUUCAUUCCAUAAAGAUGAUGAUAUGUUUGUGAAAGAUGUUCAAAGAUAUGAUUUCAGUAUUCUUGACACAAGCAACGUUAUAACUUACGGUCCUGUGGAUGCACCUGUUGAAGUUCUCUUGAUCGUUGAUCCCGUAGACACUCAAGCAGCCCUUUGGUCAUCAAUCAUAGAUUCUGUUCGUGAUAUGCAGUUCGUGCACACCAAAGUUAUAUUGCAACCGCAAAGAAACCUUAUCACAAGUUUGACUCAUGCUUUUGUGAGCAACUAUCCUAGGGCCUUGGUUAAAUUUGAUGAAAAAGGUCAAUGGUUGCUGAACGCAUCAACAAAAACAAAGCUACCCGAAAACCUUAUAUUUGACGCCGACAUAGUAGUUCCCAGUCGUUGGAAAGUGCAGAGAGGUGAUGCAAAUGUUGACCUCGAGAAUUUGGUGUGCCUCAGUGACAGCUAUGCGGAAUUUGAGCUUAGCGAAUUGAUUAUCGAAGGAUAUGCUCGUGAUAUUCAUUCUGGUCGUCACCCACUGAUGAUCCUUUCACUUGACAACGGUCAUGAUACUACUGUCAUGUCGGCCCUCGGAUAUUUUCAACUUCCAGCAAAGCCUGGGACUAUUGUGACUAUGCGGGCAAUCAACGGUGAUUUACUAUCGGCGAGAGAAAAAUUUGAUUCAAACAUCCGUCCUACUGAAGUGCAAUUCGAAAUGUGGGACUUGUCUGCGUAUAAUGUGCAUGCUCGUACAUCAAACGAGUUUGCUUGGGACUUCCAAGAUGACGGAGAUACCAUCAACAUUUUCUCUAUCGCCGGUGGUGAGUUGUAUGAACGACUUAUGGGUAUCAUGACUGCGUCCGUACGUCAGCAUACUAAGAGACCUCUUAAAUUUUGGUUGCUUGAAAACUUUCUUAGUGAAGAGUUCAAAUCAGUAACGCUUCCUGCAUUAGCUGCUUAUUAUGGUUAUGACUAUGAAUUGGUUAGCUAUAAAUGGCCACGAUUUUUGCGUCAACAGGAUGAUAAGCAGCGUCAGAUAUGGGGCUAUAAAAUCUUGUUCUUGGAUGAACUUUUUCCUUCCAACCUUUCCCGUAUUAUAUACGUGGAUGCUGAUCAAGUGGUACGCACUGAUUUAGGUGAGUUGAUGGAUCUAGAUUUGGAAGGCAAACCAUACGCAUUCACUCCCAUGUGUGAAGAUCGUGAGGAAAUGAAGGGUUAUAUGUUUUGGAAGCAAGGUUAUUGGGAAAACAUCCUUGGCGAGAACCUCAGGUAUCACAUAUCAGCUUUAUUUGUUGUUGACCUCACGAGGUUUCGGGCUUUACAUGCAGGGGACUGGUUAAGAAGUCAUUACCAAAAGCUUUCUAGUGAUCCCAACUCGUUGGCAAAUCUCGAUCAAGAUUUACCAAAUAACCUCCAAAACGUGAUUCCGAUUUUUAGUCUUCCUCAAGAAUGGCUUUGGUGCGAAACGUGGUGCAACCUGGAUUGGAAAGAUACAGCGAAAUCUAUUGAUUUGUGCAAUGACCCGUUGACUAAAGAAAACAAACUCACGAAGGCAAAGCGACUUAUUCUGGAGUGGUCGGAAUAUGAUCGCCAAAUUGAGACGGUGCUUUCGCUUGACGCCGGUAUCGGCGACGAGUUGUAG